GUUUACUUUCCAUUUGCGAGGGAUUGCGUUGCAGUCGUCCAAUAGCGAUCGCGGAUUCACCGCGGGCGACGCCGCCGCUGUGCGCAGAUACGUAAAUCGGUCCACUGUGCUUGACAGUCAAAAGUAAACAUCUGCCAACUUAUCCGACGCGAGUUCUAAACGCUCGUAAGUUCAAAUUCUACGCCGCUGACGGGGGGGGGGGGGGGGGGGCAUUGUUUAUUUGACAACUUUCUCUCCCCCUCUGUGUCUGCGCGGCAUCGUUCUCUCUCGCUCUUUUGCUCCUCCCAAGAUCCGAGCGGAGCCUGUUCCAGUAACAGACUGACCUUUUUAAAAAACAGAUUGGCCAUCGGUAUCCCGUCUCAGCUUCGUUGCGAUUUACCCCUGUUUAUUUUUGGUCCAUAAAAUUCGGUCGCUCGUGAAGUUUGGACGACGUGUGACGUCUUUUCCGUCAUCAUCCUCAUCUCUGGAAGGUGCUCCAGAGUAAAUUUUUGAAAUUAAAAUGACCUCUACGAUUCUAUUGCUGCUUUUAGUGUGCGUCACAAUCUGCGUCAAAUCAUCACCUCUCCCUCAAACAAGCACAGAAGGAGGGAAUAAGAAAUCGCCUUCAGUUCCAGGCGUAGGUAUAAACACAGGCUUUGAUGAGAUAGUCGUGGAGUCUAGUCUGAACAUUCGCGGUAAACAACCGGAGAAACGACAGUCGAGACACCGCACGCCGCUCGUCAUACCGCAUAUGAUCCCCAAGAAGUUCUCCGAGAGCCCUAACUCAAAAUACAACCACACGGAGGAUCCCGCCGAGAGCAAAUCAUCGACGGAGAGAGUGAAGGAAGACAGACAAUAUGAGAAACCUGAAAAGCCCAAAAAACAAAAUCGAAGGUCCACGACGACGACGACAACAUCCGAAACGACUAUCGAAGAAGAAACGUAGACCAAUGCCACUUACGUAUUAAAAGCCUUCUUGCGGCUGUAUGCAUUUUCCGCACAAAAUCUGGGAUUUUGACAUUUCCACACAAUCCAGGUCAAUCCAGGUUUUUGUGCGGAAAUGUGGAAAUUGAAAA